GGCGCUCCGCUUUCCGUGUUCCCCCCGUCGCCGGCGCCCCGAGAAGAGAUCCGGGCUUUCCCGCGCGCCCCGGGACGCCUCUGCUCAGGAGCCGGGGGCCGGGGGCCCCCGCGAUGGCCGCGGGACGCAGCCACAGGCAGCCGCGGCGAGGAUACCCGGGCGCCCCUCCCUAGCGGGGCGCAGCCUCCUCCUAGUCCGCCGCCCGACCGGCGGGAUGGGGGGCGGAGGGUCUGCCCUGAGGGUCUGCGCGGACCACCGCGGGGGCAUCAACUGGCUCAGCCUGAGCCCCGACGGGCAGCGCCUGCUGACGGGCAGCGAGGACGGCACGGCCCGACUCUGGAGCACCGCGGACGGACAGUGCUGCGCCCUCCUGCAAGGGCACGAAAGCUACGUGACCUUCUGCCAGCUGGAGGACGAAGCCGCCUUCACGUGCAGUGCUGACUGCACCAUCAGGAAGUGGGACGUGCUGACCGGGCAGUGUCUGCAGGUGUUCCGGGGACACACGUCCAUUGUGAACAGGAUCCUGGUCGCCAACAACCAGCUCUUCAGCAGCUCCUACGACCGGACAGCUCGAGCCUGGAGCGUGGACAAGGGGCAGGUGGCCCGGGAGUUCCGGGGCCACCGCAACUGUGUGCUGACUCUAGCCUACUCUGCCCCCCAGGACCUCCCUGGGGCUCCGUGCGCGGAGGAGGCCGUGGCCAGGGGGCUCCUGGUGACGGGCAGCACGGAUGGCACGGCCAAGGUCUGGCAGGUGGCCAGCGGCUGCUGCCACCAGACACUGCGGGGCCACACAGGUGCCGUGCUCUGCCUGGUACUGGCCACGCCUGGCCACACGGCCUUCACUGGCAGCACGGAUGCCACCGUCCGAGCCUGGGACAUCCUGAGUGGGCAGCAGCUGCGUGUGUUCCAGGAGCACCAAGGCUCCGUCAUCUGUCUGGAGGUGAGGCCGGCCUGGCUGCCAGGGAGGCCCCUGGCUCCUCCUCUGAGCUGCCGCCCCACCCAGUGUAUCAGUCAGCUCAGGCUGUGGAACAAAGUACCACUGACUGGGCAGCUUAAACGACAGAGAUUGAUUGGAUCACAGUUCUGGAGGCCGGAAGUCCGAGGUCAAGGUGUCAGCAGGGUUGGUUUCCUCUGAGGCCUCUCCCCUCGGCUUGUAGACGGCCAUUCCCCCAGUGUCCUCACACCGUCUUCUCUCUGCUUCCAGAUUCCCUCUUCUCGUAAGGACACCGGUCAUACUGGAUGAGGUUCCACUCUAAUGCCCUCAUUUUAACUGAAUUACGUCCUUAAAGGCCCUAUUUCCAAAUACAGUCACAUUCACAGAUACCAGGGUUAGGGCUGUUGCCAACACAUGAAUUUUGGUUUCCUUCCGUGUGAAGUGAGGAUUACA